UUAUAAACGCAAACGCAAGCGUAUUCUUGCCGUUUGAAAGGGGUAGUGGUGCUUCCCCUUGUAAACAUUUCAUCGCGCACAUUUGAUCAAUCGAGCUUGAGCUUUCGGCCACUGGAAAAAGAAAAUGAUGAAAACAAGCGAAAUAAAAGAUAAAAGAGAAAUAGAGAAGGAUUUGAAGCGAAGUUUAAGAUAUGUGGAACCCUUUAUCAUGGCAAUCGGUGCUUGGCCACUUCCUCCACAAUCAUCGUUGUGCACGAAGAUAUUGCAAUGGGUUAUUCGUUUCAUUAUUAUUUUCUUGGCGCUGUUUUUCAUCGGUCCAGGUUUUUAUUACGUAUUCUUCAAGGAAGAAAGCAACAAAAGGAAACUGCAAAUAUUAACGACGUACAUGUACAGCUUGGUCCAGUUGAUCAAGUACAUUAUUAUAUUGUGCAGGAUGAACGAUAUAAGAAUACUGUUGGAGGAGAUAAGGAACGAUUGGUUACACAGCACAGAAGAAAAUCGCCAACUAUUUCGUGAGAACGCGAAGAUCGGUGAUAGAGUGGUGUUCAUAGUGGCCCUCACUAUGUACUCUGGAGGUUUAUGCUAUCGAAUUAUUCUUCCACUGACAAGGAGCAGUGUUGUUUUACCCAAUAAUAUUACUAUACGAAUAUUACCCAGUCAAACAUUCAUCCCAUUUAUCGACGAACAGAUCACUCCGAAUUACGAGAUAAUUUUCGUAUUGCAAGUUACGAGUGGUAUAUGCAUCUACACAAUAUUCAGCGGUGCCACUGGAGUUAUAAUGAUGAUAUGCUUGCAUGCAUGCAGCUUAAUAAGGAUUUUAACGAACAAAUUGGUGGAUCUUACCGACAAGUCGAAUACCAGCGAGGAAAUUAUUCAAGAGAAGGUCGUAAAUAUCGUUGAGUAUCAUGGGAAGAUCAAAAAAUUCUUAAGUAACGGACAACUGCUCUCUGAGUACAUUUCUUUUCUUGAGCUCUGUAACGGCACGGGUAUUGCCUGUUUGAUAGGAUAUACUAUCAUAGUGGAAUGGGAACGUCUUAAUACUGUGGCUAUAGUGGUGUGCUUUACACUGCUAACAACAUCCACGUUCACCUCCUAUACGAUCUGUUCCAUUGGCCAACUUCUUUUGGACGAAAGCAAUAAUCUUGCACAAACGUGCGUCACGUUAGACUGGUACCGUCUCCCGAUGAAACAGGCUCGGUAUGUGAUACUAAUGAUGAUUAUGUCGAAUGAUUCGAUAAAAUUGACUGCGAUGAAAGUGAUGGAUAUAACUAUAUUGACCUUUAGCGAUAUUAUGAAAGCGUCAAUGGGAUAUUUAAACAUGCUGCGAAACGUGACUUAAUGUUACUUAAUGUUGUUUAUUUUGCAUAAAACUUAUGAAGCGUAGUAUAGUCACUUAGAG